CGCGACAACCCCAGCCCAACUCCCACGGCCGCCACCGCCUCUUGCAGCGCGGCGGUUUCGAAGCCGCCGCCCCAGCGCUGCCUUUUCCUCUUCGGUGGUGAAGUUUUUUUAAAGCUGCUCAGAGAGACUCAGAGGAAGAGAGAAGCGUGCCGGUAGGACUGACGGCUGCCUUUGUCCUCCUCCCCUGCACCCCGUUUUCCCCAUCCCCCCACCCCCACUCAGGGGGUCUCCUCUUUUUUCAACUGCCUAGGCGGGCCGGGCUCCUUCAGCACCCCCACCCUCUACCCUUCAACCUCUGUCAGUCUAGAGCUGCCAACCAGCUUGCAGAGAGGUAAACUCCCUUUGGCGGAGAGAGGGUGAGCUAGCUAGUCGCACGUUGCAAAGAAGACUUGGGAGUCCGGUAACUGGAAAGCGACUUGAGCACCGUAGACAGGACCUAGUUAGUUAGGUGGCACUCCAGGAAGGCUCCGGUGCGCCCCUAACCUUCUCCCAGCCUCCACCCCCUCCUGACACCCCCUAUACCCCAAGCGCGGAGCCAGAGGUCAGAAGAUAAGAAAACAGGGCUUCAGUAUCCCCAGAUCAAUCCAAACCCGAAACGAAAGGAGUUGAAAACUAAAUUCUUAUUUGCACCUGCUUCAGGGACGCUGAAUUUGAAAGGCAGAGGAGUUUCCUCUUUUGCCCUUCAAGACAUGGGCGAUUUGUGAAUCUAUACUUAAAGUACUGAGGGACAGAUUGAGCUUAGCAACGUAGACCGUGUCCAGAGCGUGUUUUCCGCUGCUCAAGACUUUGGGGGGGUUGUCUGAGCGCUUUUUGCGUGAUUGCUCCUGCAAGUGAACUUGCAGGUAGGGACGCAGGUGGGCAGCUGGCUGCAGCAACUAUCACAACGUCACAGCCUGUUGAACUCUUCUGAACCAGCAAAGAGGAGGGCAGGGUAAGGGAUUUAGGUGCAAGAUUCAGCCAAGCUCAAGGAUGGAGGUGCAGAUGGGGCUCGGGAGGAUCUACCCCCGGCCACCGUCCAGGCCCUAUCGAGGAGCUUUUCAGAAUCUGUUUCAGAACGUGUGCGAAGUGAUCCAGCACCCGAACCCCCGGCACCCUGACGCCUUGAGUGCAGCACCUCCCGGCGCCAGCUUGCAGCAGCAGCAGCAGCCGGCGCCGGAGACCAGCCCACAGCAGCUGCAGCAGCAGCAUGGUGAGGAUGGCUCCCCUCAAGCCCAGAUCAGAGGUCCCGCAGGCUACCUGGCCCUGGAUGAGAGAUCACAGCCUUCACUUCAGCAGUCGGCCUCCGAGGGCCGCCGUCCCGAAAGCAGCUGCAUCCCAGAGACUGGAGCCGCAGCAGCAGCCGGCAAGGGGCUGCAGCCGCAGCCACCGAUACCUCCGGACCAGGAUGACUCAGCUGCCCCAUCCACGUUGUCUCUGCUGGGCCCCACUUUCCCGGGUUUAAACAGCUGCUCCGCUGACCUUAAAGACAUCCUGAGCGAGGCCAGCACCAUGCAACUGCUUCAUCCGCUGCCGCACCACCACCAGCAGCAGGACGCAGCGUCCGAAGGCAGUAGCAGCGCGAGAGCUAGAGAGGCCGCCGGGGCUUCCACUUCGUCCAGGGACAGUUACCCAGGGGGCACUUCUGCCAUCUCUGACAGCGCCAAAGAGUUGUGUAAGGCAGUGUCAGUGUCCAUGGGCUUGGGGGUGGAAGCGUUGGAGCAUCUGAGUUCUGGGGAACAGCUUCGGGGAGACUGUAUGUAUGCCCCGCUCCUGGGAGGGCCACCCGUGGUGCGUCCCACUCCUUGCCUCCCGCUGGUGGAAUGCAAAGGUUCCCUGCUAGACGAUGGCCCAGGUAAGGGCCCUGAAGAGGCGGCUGAGUAUGCCCCCUUCAAGGGAGGUUACUCCAAGGGACUCGAGGGCGAGAGUCUAGGCUGCUCUGCCAGCGGCGAGGCUCUGAGCUCCGGCACACUUGAGAUGCCGUCCACUUUGUCUGUCUACAAGUCUGGAACUCUGGACGAAGCGGCAGCGUACCAGACUCGCGACUAUUACAACUUUCCCCUGACUCUGCCUGGGCAGGCUGCUCCUCCUCCACCUUCUCAUUCCCAUGCUCGCAUCAAGCUGGAGAACCCACUGGACUAUGGUAGCGCCUGGGCGGCCGCCGCGGCGCAAUGCCGCUAUGGGGACCUGGCAAGCCUGCACGGCGCGGGUGCACCCGGACCCAGCUCCGGCUCGCCCUCAACCUCUGGUUCCUCUUCCUGGCACAAUCUCUUCACUUCCGAAGAAGGCCAGUUGUACGGGCCCUGUGGCGGGGGCAGCGGCAGUGGCCCCAGUGGUGAGGCAGGGGCCAUGGUUCCCUAUGGCUACACUCGGCCACCCCAGGGGAUGGCGGGCCAGGAAGGCGAGUUCCCGGCACCCGAAGUGUGGUAUCCGGGCGGCGUAGUCAGCAGACCACCCUAUCCCAGUACCAACUGCGUCAAAAAUGAGAUGGGGCCCUGGAUGGAGAACUAUUCAGGACCUUACAGCGACAUGCGUUUGGAGACUACUAGGGACCAUGUUUUGCCCAUCGACUAUUACUUCCCACCACAGAAGACCUGCCUGAUCUGUGGAGAUGAAGCUUCUGGCUGUCACUACGGAGCUCUUACUUGUGGAAGCUGCAAGGUCUUCUUCAAAAGAGCCGCCGAAGGGAAGCAGAAGUACCUAUGUGCCAGCAGAAAUGACUGCACCAUUGAUAAAUUCCGAAGGAAAAAUUGUCCAUCUUGUCGUCUCCGGAAAUGCUAUGAAGCAGGGAUGACUUUGGGAGCUCGGAAGUUGAAGAAACUUGGAAAUCUGAAACUACAAGAAGAAGGAGAGUCUUCAAACGCCAGCAGCCCUACUGAGGAAACAACUCACAAGCUGACAGUAUCGCACAUUGAAGGCUAUGAGUGUCAACCCAUUUUUCUCAAUGUCUUGGAAGCCAUUGAGCCAGGUGUAGUGUGCGCUGGACAUGACAACAAUCAGCCAGACUCCUUUGCUGCCUUGCUGUCUAGCCUCAAUGAACUGGGUGAAAGACAGCUAGUCCAUGUGGUCAAGUGGGCCAAGGCCCUGCCUGGCUUCCGUAACUUGCAUGUGGAUGACCAGAUGGCAGUCAUCCAGUACUCCUGGAUGGGACUCAUGGUGUUUGCCAUGGGCUGGCGAUCCUUCACCAACGUCAACUCCAGGAUGCUCUACUUUGCUCCUGACCUGGUUUUCAAUGAGUACCGCAUGCACAAGUCCCGGAUGUACAGCCAGUGUGUCCGAAUGAGACAUCUCUCACAAGAGUUUGGAUGGCUCCAAAUAACUCCCCAGGAAUUCCUGUGCAUGAAAGCAUUGCUGCUCUUCAGCAUUAUUCCAGUGGAUGGGCUGAAAAAUCAAAAAUUCUUUGAUGAACUUCGAAUGAACUACAUCAAGGAACUCGAUCGUAUCAUUGCAUGCAAAAGAAAAAAUCCCACAUCCUGCUCAAGGCGCUUCUACCAGCUCACCAAGCUCCUGGACUCUGUGCAGCCUAUUGCAAGAGAGCUGCACCAGUUCACUUUUGACCUGCUUAUCAAGUCCCACAUGGUGAGCGUAGACUUUCCAGAAAUGAUGGCAGAGAUCAUCUCUGUGCAAGUGCCCAAGAUUCUUUCUGGGAAAGUCAAGCCCAUCUAUUUCCACACACAGUGAAGCUUUUGAAGUGUCCAUUUCCCUAUUCCAUCCAACUCCUCUGUUCAGAUGUCUUCUGCCUGUUACAAUUCUGCACUAUUCUGCAGUGCCUUGCGGGAAUUUCCUCUACUGAUGCACAGUCUGUCAUAAUCCUGUUCCUGAGUUCUAUUUGCUGCCCCUUUCCCUCUCUUUCCCUCCUCUUCUUUGCCUCUUCCCUUUCUAGCUGCCCUCCCAUGGCAUCUGCAGAUUCCUGCUGUGGCUUCUACUAUCUGUGUUUUGAAUGGUGUUGUAUUUCUUUAAAUCUGCGAUGAUCCCCAUGUGGCUCAGUUUCAAGUUCUGCUUGUUUAUAGCACUGUGCUCUGUGCCAGCCACACAAACAUUUACUUACCUAUCCCGUGGAAACUUUAGAGCUAAGAUCAUCUGGGAGAAAAAGUAAACAAAAACAAACAAAAAAUGGCAAAAGACAAAAAUCACACACACACAAAAAAAGAAAACAACCUCUUGCUAGAAUUUCUUCUCCUAUAGUACAAGGUAAUAAAGAAUUAGAAAUCCCCAGUGAGGAAGAAGGUGAAGAUGACAGGCCCAAGGGGAGUGAGUGCUUUUGUUUUUCCACCCCCUCCCUGGGAGACUUCAUUUGUGCCAAUGGCUCUUGCCAUUAGAGGGUAAGGUGUUUUCAGAACCAAUUUGGAAGGGGAGUGACAGAGAUAAGAGAGGACAAGGAAGGGCAGACAGAUCACUAUUAACUGCCCACAGCCUUGGUCCUUGAGUGAAAUUCAUUGUCUUACAGAUAUACUUCUUGUUUAAAAACUUGCCUACAUGUGAAUGCCUCUGCAGAUCACCUGCUGCCUCCAUCCUCAAAUUGACUUUGAUGGUUUUUAAGAACUUUUCAUUGAAUGUCAUCUUUAGCCAAAACUUGGCCACUUCCACUGAAGAUCACUGAGAAGGGGAGAGAUCUGCCCCUUUAAGGGUCCAUUCGGACCAAGGUCUGAUUUCCCAUAUGUGAACCAGGGAGGCAGCUGCUGAUGGAGUCAAAGCAAGAAUAAGUGAUGGCUUAACUGUUCUUCUGCCUAUGAUAUUGAUGUCUCACAAAUGCCAUUCAUUCCCACUUCUUUAAAAAAUGAUUGAAUGAAUUUUUCUGCUAGACUUCAUGAAGUCACAAGCUCGCUCUGAGGUCCCCAAAUGUCCUUGUGGAACUUAACAUCACCACAUUGCAUUUCCAUCAUGGUAGUGAAGCUUAUUCCCAUCCUUGGGUUUGCCUACAGACUCUUUGCAAAGAGACCCACCACCAUUGCCGCUGCCACCAAUAAGUCCAUCAGAUCACCAGCACUGAUAUCUCUCUGUAAUUGCUGUAUUCUCAAAACUUCCACACAAAGUGUUGGAUUGCUGGAGCCUUUAGGAAAACUGGGAAGAUGGUAUCAGGAUGAUAGGACAAGUGAGCGACUUGCCCUUGUCCCCCAGAGAUGAUACUCUCCCACCAAGUAGACAAAUGUCCAUUUCCUUCUUCAGAGGAGCUAAUGGGGUCAGAUCAGGAUUAAAGAAAAAAAAAAGCCUCAGUGAUUAUGGAAGAACAAAGACAUCAGAAGAAGAAACCCUGCAAAUGCUGUACUUGGCACCCAGCAUAUUCACAUGUAAAAGCCACGAGACAAAAGAACCAACAGGAGACGCUGCCUAAUAUAGUCUUUAGAGGAAAAACCUAAAGCCUGAUGGGAAUCAUCUGGUGAGGCUACUUAUUGUCGUCCUCUGCACCUGGGCUCUGACAUUGGCAGUAUUCAGAUCCCCUACCGUUGUUGCUGCAUAUCCAUCAGAAACAGGUUGAACAACUUGAGGCUUCCUUUGAAAACAGCUGGUUGGUGUGACUUCAGUAGGCUGUGUCCUGUAAGCACAGGGUAUGCUCCCAGGACACUGAUUUCAUGUCAUCCUCUAUACUGUUGAUUUUGAUCCUGGACCUCAAGCGUGAAGAGGAAUGUCCACCUGUUGUUUUUUUGGCCACAACUUCUCCACAGAGUUCUUAACUUCACCUGUUAAGCUUAAGAAAUCAGGGGUGAUCUCCAAGCUGCCUGUUUUCAGUUGUAUCACUCUACUCAUUGAGAAGACAGCUUCUGAGUGACAUGAUAUAUCCACAUGGAUUUCCUUCCUUGAUUUCAGUGUUGAUAUUAAUAGACAAUCUUGCAAAACAACUUCUUUAAAUAAUGUGGGAUAGGGGAACCUAAGAUUGGUGACAUGUUAAUGCUGGACAAAACUCAAUCUUGCAGAGUCCCCUUCUGGAAUAGGGUAGAUUCUAGUUUUCUUUGUUAUCUGGCUUAUAUACAGGGUUACUUCUAGCUGUUUUAAAGAGGAAAAAAAUGACUGCUCAUUUUAAAUAUGUUACAUUUCAAAAGUCUCUUUACAUCUCUUUUGAAAUGAUUUUCAUCUUCUGUGAUACACAGAUUCAAUCAUAUCGUUCUAAUAUCUCUAAUUGUAAAUACUAGAGACACUGAUUUCCAUCUCUCUAUCAAAUUCCUCUUUAUGGAUUGCCCAAAUCUGAUGUUUUCUGACAUUUUAUGAAGGUUACUUUUGCAAGAACCAAAAAUCAAUCGAACAGCAUUGUAACUGAAAGAGACAAUAUCCAGAUGCUUCGAAUUUCCAGAUGGUAUGACUAAGGUACAAAAGGACCUAAGCAAGGCUUUUGGCCUACUACUUCUGCAGCAGGAAUUGAGUGAGCAAAGGGGAUUUUCCAUGGAUAAAAUGAGCUUUAUUUAGCCAUUGAGGUUCCAUCCAGAACAAUUGACAAAAGACUCAUUUUGCAUGCACUCAGCUUUACAACCGUAAUAUGAUUGGUACACUGUGCUUACCCAUGAAGAACUGGCCUCCAAGGGUCACUCAUUUGCUAACCAGAAAGACAAGGAUCAGCUACCGGACAAGUCAUUGGAAAUAUCUCCAAAGAAGUUUGCUUAGGGUUGAUGGAGAUGGAAAUUGAGGAAGAGAAAAUAAAGAGCACCGAAAGGGAGGCCCCAUCUGUGCCUACCAGCAUACAGCUGUCAAAGUCAUGAACUCUAUGGUCAAAGAGUCCUGUGGCAGUUGCAACUCUUAUUCAUUGGGCAUCUUGCCUUGGCUUGGCCUCUGAACUAACAUGAGAGAUAGAUUCUUUGUUCUAUAGCUUUUCUAUGCCACCGGCAAUAUUGUUGUUCUUGGAAAGUUCAUUAUUUUUUAAUUACCUUAUUCCAAGGAAGGAUAUUUUGAAGGAUACUGUCUUAUAUCUUUGAAGAAAAAAGGAAAUUAGUAGCUUGUAUAUUUUUAUGUAUGCUCACUGGCACUUAAAGAAAAAGAGCUUCACUCUGUCCUUUGGGUAGUUGCUAAAGUAAUUUUCCAAGUUAAGAAAUAAUGUGCUGAUGCUAGAGUCCCUCUCUUCCCAUGCUCUAUUUCCUACAUAUUUAUAGACAUGUAUAAACAAGAUAUAUUUGACUUGUACUCUAAGAGGAAAUAUAUCCACCAUCUACACGAGACUGACACUACACAAAUGACCUAACUUUAAGCUUCAGGUAGCUGCUAAGCAUCACUUUCAUGAGGCACAGCACAAAUGUGGCCUUGUCCUCUUUUCUCCCUUGAUAACCAACAAGCAUAAAGCCCCAAUCCACUCCCUCUGCCCCUUUCCAGCCUGUGCCAACACUGCAUUUCAUCAGACCUGUUGCAAACAACCUAGUCACUACCCUGCAUGCCCCUCCACAGAGCCUAAAAUACAUGAGAAUGAUUACUAAUUACCCUAUGCCAGGUGCCCAGGUGGGAGGGUACUGGGCCAAGGAAGUAGAUUUUCAUGCUUGACCCUAACUGAGGGGUCAUGGGAACCAGACAUACUAACGCAUCAGAUUCAAUCCCAAACUGAAAAUCAGCCAUUUGUCAUGUGCAAUUUCUUAGAAGUUUCUACACAUGAUGUCUCUAUAGACAAAUCUGUUCUCACCACUGAUCCACUUUGAAAUCUUUCAAAGAAAUUUUUAAAAGACAGAAAAAAGAUUUGAAAACUACAUUAUGUAAUCAAAGAUUCCAUCGUAGCUGCCAAAAUACCCAAAUUUUUUAAAGGUGGGGAGGGAACAAGUGUUAGUACUUUUUGGUAAGCUAUCCAAAGACAGACUGAAGGACUUUAAUGAUGACUGACUUGUAAGAGUUUUGCAGUUUUUUCCUCUCAGUGUGCAUUUUUAGAAGAGUCAAAAGUCAUUUGGAAAACAAUAGGUUUGUGGGGUCUUCAUUAAGUGAUUUUAUAAGCAGAAAUAGCUUUCCUUUUCUUAGUAGUUACUGAGCAAAUUCUUGAAGCUCCA